CACAAAGACUUGGAAGCCAGGCCCAUGCACUGCCCUCAGAGCCAGAGGAGUCACCCCGUGGCUGUUCACUCACAGGAGCAAGAAUGGAGGCAUCCUGCCUGGAACUGGCCCUGGAAGGAGAGCGCUUGUGCAAGGCUGGGGACUUCAAAGCUGGGGCAGCCUUCUUCGAAGCAGCAGUGCAGGUGGGGACUGAGGACCUGAAGACUCUCAGUGCCAUCUACAGCCAGCUGGGCAAUGCCUAUUUCUACCUAAAGGAGUAUUCCAAGGCCCUGGAGUACCAUAAGCAUGACCUGACCCUGGCCAGGACCAUUGGGGACCGCAUUGGAGAGGCCAAGGCAAGUGGCAACCUUGGGAAUACCCUGAAAAUACUCGGGCAGUUUGAUGAAGCUGUGGUUUGUUGCCAGAGACACUUGGACAUUUCUCAGGAGCAGGGAGACAAGGUAGGUGAAGCCAGAGCACUCUAUAAUAUAGGAAAUGUUUACCAUGCCAAGGGAAAGCACUUAUCGUGGAACAUGGCCCAGGAUCCAGGCUCCCUCCCUCAGGAAGUCAAGGAGACACUGCAGAAAGCUUCAGAAUAUUAUGAGAGAAACCUGUCCCUGGUGAAGGAGCUGGGGGACAGAGCUGCUCAGGGCCGUGCUUACGGCAACCUUGGCAACACCCAGUACUUACUUGGCAACUUCAGUGAAGCCAUAGCCUUCCACAAGGAGAUCGGGGACCGGAGCGGGGAGCUGACGGCACAGGUGAACAUGGCCCAGCUCAGGUCAGCCCUUGGCCUGGGCCCUGGGGAUGAGGACAUGGGUGCAGCUCGUCACUAUGCUGGCUAUGAAGCACAAGCUCAAGGAAUGUCCUGGAAGUGCCCACUGCAGACCCUGGUGGGUGCCUGGCACGGGCACUGCCAGCUGGCCGCUCUGUGCUGCGGGCAGACUUGUUAA